AUGGAAGAGCAGGACAGGAGCAGGUCCCCAUCACGUCGCACCAGUCGAGUGGAGCAGGUGGUGGGACGAUGGCUCAGACGCUCCAGAGAUCUUGGGAGCAGGUCUCACUCUGCGGGCAGAGACAGGAGUACGUCAGAAGAAAAGACGUCCCACUCCAGUGUUCCAGAACAGAGAAGUUAUGGCUUUCGCUUUAGCAUCCAGAUCCAGAGAGACCCAGGCUUCUGCUCGCACGGCCUCACCCUGUCCUCCAGCACUCCUAUCGUGGUGCAAGACAUCACCCCUGGUGGUCCCGCAGAUGGCCGCCUCGUCCCUGGAGACCGCCUGGUGAAGAUCAAUAAUGUCUGUGCGGAUGAUCUGACCCCUGCACAGGCUGCCGAAAUACUCAGGGAGUGUCACGAUACAUUGACGAUGACAGUGCUGCGGACAAUGCUGGGGCCAAAGUCAUCCUUCAUCACUCCAGAGAAAAAGGCCAAGCUCAAGUGUAACCCUGUGAAAGUGCGCUUUGCUGAAGAGGUGGAAGUCAACGGACAGUCUCAGGGGAACUCGCUGCUCUUUCUGCCCAAUGUCCUAAAGGUUUAUCUGGAAAACGGACAGACCAAGGCCUUCAAAUUUGAACCAAGCACCACUGUAAAGGACAUAGUGAUGACGCUGAAAGAGAAACUGUCUCUGAUUCGAAUUGAGCACUUUUCAUUGGUUCUUGAGCAGCAGCCCGGUGUGACCAAACUACUGCACCUCCACGAAGAUGAGAGAAUACAGCAGAUUGUGCAGAAGAAAGAACCCCAUGAUUACAGAUGUCUGUUUCGAGCCUGUUUUGUUCCCAGGGACCCUCAGCUUCUGCUCGAGGAAGACCCCAUGUCCUUUGAAUACCUCUUUCUGCAGGGAGUGAAUGAUGUGCUACAGGAGCGCUUUGCAGUGGAGAUGAAGUGUAACACGGCUUUACGGCUCGCAGCUCUGCACAUCCAGGAGAGACUGGCCAGCAGUGGAUACUCCCCGAAGACCAACCUCAAGACAAUCACUAAAACCUGGGGUAUAGAAAGCUUUGUGUCCACUACAUUACUGAGAAACAUGAAGGAGAAAGACCUGAAGAAGGCCAUAAACUAUCACCUGAAGAAGUGCCAGUCACUGCAGGAUCCCAAACUGAAGCCUUCUUCCAUUGAUCAGGCACGGAUCAAUUAUUUGGAAGAGCUCUGUGACCUCAAGUCAUUUGGAGGAAAAUCAUUUAGUGCUACACUCAUGCUUCAGGACAGAGAGUCGACUGUUAACCUUUUGGUCGGAGCUCGUUAUGGUGUAAGCCAAGUGGUCAACCGAAAACUCAGCAUCAUGACGGCCCUCACCGAUUUCAACAGCAUCACACGUGUUGAACUGGUGCCCGAAUCUGACCGCGUCAGCCUGGUUAAAAUAUAUGUGCAGGACAUCAAGCCCAUCACCCUGCUCCUGGAGACUGCAGCAGCUAAAGACAUGUCCUGCCUUAUAGCGGGGUAUUGUCGAGUGUUUAUUGACCCCAACAUUAAUGUUUUUCCCUGGAUAGAGGAUGACAAAAAGUACAAAAUAUCGGCAGAAGAAGGUUACGUGUCGAGAUGUGCCAGCGACUCUGAUAGCUCCACUGACAUUGACAUCAUAAACAUGGUGACCUCCCCACGCAACCGCUCCUCCUCCGAAGCACAUGCGAUCAGGAGAAAAGAGAGGGUGAAGAGGAGGAAGAGAGAGUUCAAGAUCGAAAAACCCCUACAGGACAUGAAGAAUGCAGAUUCAGAAGUGAUAAUGUUAGAAACUCAUGGAGAAAUGAACAUGACAGAGAGGGUGGUUGGUGGAGGGGCAGAGGAGCACCAAUCAGAAGCUUCAGAUUCUUGCCAUGUUUUGACGAGCCUGUCCUGUGAUUCCUUAGACGCAUUAGAGGAAGACGACUUGCUAUCCUGCUCAUCCCACCACAUAUCUCAAACUGUCCCACUUCAAUUACAUCAUUAUACCCCUGUCCUAAAUGAGUCACACCUUCUCGGACCUCCACCUGCCCAUUCGCACCCUCUGUUACACCCAAAUACUGAAGAAGUAGUCUGUAGAAAGUCCGGAGACGGAGCAGACCCGCAAAUACUCACUCCACCUAUGUCACCAUCUACAAGCUACCAAAAUGCAUGUAGUGAGGAUAGUUCAAUGCGUUUUGCUGACUUGUCACGACUCGUAGAUUUCCUCCCAAGUCCCCCAGAGGCAAGUGAAGAAGAUGAGGAUGUAGAGGAAGAAUUGAGGAAGAGAAGAGAAAAGUUACAAUGGGACAGUGGUAAAGAUAAGGCUACCCCAGCAUCAACAUCUUCUCAAACUUCAAAUGCAGAGUAUGUUUUUAACUUUGACCAAAAUGAUGCUCGAUGUUAUUACAAUCUGGUGUCUAAUAUCACCCCGGACAGCGCUCGGAGUUUGUCCCAAAGAGGAAGUGAAAGAGGUUCAGAGGGGGACUCUGCUUUGGAUCAGGUCCCAAUUCUCCAACCGCCCCCUGGUUUUGGAGACAGCAGUUCAGAGGAGGAGUUCUUUGAUGCCAGAGAUCAGCUUGCCUCCCCUGAAGAUCCAAGAUUAGUGUCAGCAAAAAGAGGUAUGUGUGCUGUGGGUGAGGGGGCAGAAGCUGGACCCAAUGAACGACAAGACAAAAAGGUGGGCUUUAGAGCAGGAGGCGAGAGACUGUCCCAACUCCGCAAACGAUCCCGAAAGCGGCGCUCCUAUCUGGAAACGGACUACACCUCCACUGUGUCUUUCCCAGAACAAGAUGAAAGCAAAAAGCAGCAUCGUAAAAACCUCUCAGUGGGAUAUUUUGAUCCACAGAUGCUUAGCGCAGACCCUGAACCGUCAGAGCAAACCGAAAAUCCAAGUCCAACUGUCUCCUCAUUGACCCAUUCAGAAGGUGAACCAUCCCAGCUGGAGUCUAAACCAAUCUUGUCCAAACACUGCUCCAAAGAGUCUUUAAAUAAACUAAGGACUUCUGAAGCACAAAACAUAACCAGGAAGCAAGAAAUGGAGAUGGAGCCAGAGUCAAUGGAAUCAAAAUCAGUUACAGAUUUGAUAAAGCCCCCUUCUCCAAAUAUUACCGUGGUGCGAUGUAGAGUUGAGCCAGAUGGAAAAGAGAGCGCUGAUAGGACAGGUGAUGGCAAGGAAGAAACCCACGAGGAGGCAAAAAGUGUUUUAAAUAAUGGUCCUUUUGAUAGUCACAUGUUUUUACCAGAAAUAUCCAAAAGUAUUGUAGAAAAGAUAAGCGAAAAUGCAAAAUUAACUACAGUUGGGGAAGCAGUGAUGACAAUACAGCAGAAUACGUACAUUGAGGAAUAUAUUCAAGAAAUUAUAUGCAAUUCAAAAUCCUUCUGCUCACCGCCUGCUCCUCCCUCAUCCCCAUUUGUAACUGUUCUCAGUACAACUCAAAAUUACUGUUCAGAAAUAGAAAACGUAAUGAAAGGUAGCGAAAGCACAAACAAUUCAAAUGAUAUUCAGUGUUUGGAGGUUGUACAAAGUAAUUCCACUAUUUCCCAGAUAGAGGGCAGUGCUACAGAGGAUGAGGCUUUGGCAGUUGCUUGCUCUACCCGGACAGCAAGUGAGGAAGUUACAGACAGCACCACUUCUGAUAAUGUUUUUGAGGAUGAUGAAGGUACUGUCUCUUUAAAUUCAAAUUUGAGUGACACUAAACCUGAUUGGGUUGUAGCGACAAGGAAAAGUUUUGUAGUUGAUACAGUUGAAUCUCAAAUUGGCAACACUAAAACAAAAAGGCUUUAUUCUCUUAGUUCAGAUUUUAGCUGUGCACUUUUCUCAGUCUCUUCAAAACUUGGUGCUGCAUCAAACAAUAUGUCUCCUAAUAUUGAAAAUCAAAUUGCUUGUAAAAAUACUGUUGAUUCUACAAAUGACUUUACAUUCUCACUAACUAAAGAUUUAGUUAGCCCAAGUUUAGUCUCCACUAAUUCUCCGUCUAACUUCAUGUUCCAAGCUUGGUCUCCUACAAUUAUGAAUCGCUUGUCUGCAUCCACGCUCAGAAGCAAGAUUCACAAUUUACCUUUUUAUCUGUCCCGCUCGCUAGAGUCAGUUAACCAGGCUGGUUUUGGGAACCCAAACCAAAAUCUAGCAGAGGAAAUCACAGAUCAAGAUAAAAACAUCAAAAUAAGUGUUACAGAUGUUAACAAUGUGACAGAGACAUUGGACUUGGCUAUUGAGUCUAUUGAAUCAGAUGAGUCCGAUACUACAGUGACGGGCUCAGACUUGGAUCCUGCUCUUUCAGAAGAAAAAAAUGAUCUGUCACUGACACCCGCACAAAAUCAGUCAGAAGACCAAAAAGACUUUACAUCUGUUCAGAGUAUGCCAGCUCCAGUAAUAGAACCUCCAACCUCAAUUGUGAACCAUUUUCAGCCAAAUAAAAAUUCGUAUAUAGACACUCCAGGUCCUGUAACCACCGCGCCGGUGUCUAAAAUCAGAUUCACUCAGCAUGGUGAAGACGUACCAGGAAUAAAUACUAGUCCAUCCAUUAUCGCUCCGGUAGUAGUGACCCAACAGAGUCUAAGUGAAGCAAGUGAACCACGAGAGAGCAGCUCUGACAGUGGAAAGGCCCUAAUGUGUGGACCCCAAGAGUCCAAUUCGAGAUCUCACAUUUCUGGAGGUUGCAGGCCGUUUGCAGUUUGUGGAGAGUCGUUGCAGUCGAAGGUGCCUCUGGAUGUUGUCUCUGUGAGGUCGGACUCUGGCUGCCCUGCGGUUUCUGGGUGUGAUACUGUAGUGGACCCUCUGGAUGCAUGUGGCUGUUCGUCUGUCUACACAAACUGCUUCAAUGAUGGAGACACUUUUGACGAAGAGCUGACAGUGUAUGAAUUCUCAUGUCGCACACAAAGCAGCGGGCCUCAGUUAAAUGCACUGGGUCUCCCUCUCAUCACCUCUGCUCCUGUCUCGCUCUUGACCACUCCGUCGUUCCCGCGCUCCAUGCUGUCCUCCUCUGCCUCAGAGCUCAGCCCCCUGCUCUCCCCUCUGUCUGAUGAUGGACCCCAGACUCACUCACAUAAAGAGAUGUUGCAGCGUUUGGGGAAGCAGCAGUACCCGAGCCUCCCCACUGGGUUUCAGCUGCUCAAAGCUGAUGUAGACCAGCUGCUCUCUGUCCUGGAGACCACCCACACAGACCAGUCCUCUGAGAGCGAGAGGGGGCAGCACCCACGGGACACCUGCCCAGCUCAUUUCACAGAGAACAAGAGGGUGCUGCAGCUAGAGGCGCGGCGGCUCAUGGCGGGGUGCCACAGGGUGGUAGGGAUCGAACAGAGCCCAGAGGAGAUGUUCUGCACUUUAGUUGAGUGUUUUCAUAUCCUGGUGGGACUUACGUCUCUGGCGCUUUGGUUCUCGAGCUGUGAGCGCUGUGAGAGGAGGAAUGCAGAGGCCGUGUCUGGUCUAGUGGACGUGACACGUUCUUUCAGAGACUUUUGUGUCGCUGCAGAACGGGCCAGCAGUAAACGCAGCUGUCAGGACCUGAGCACCAAACUGUUGGCUAAACAGUGCACAGCUCUGAAUGCCUCUGUCUUCUGCCUGACCCAGCUGUUCCGCACACUCACAGCUUUGUAGUCUCUGUUGAGCAAGGACCUCAAAGACUUAUGAACCCAUCAAAUGAGACAGAAUCAGUCCAAACGAUCACAACAGUAAAGACACAACAGUUUGCACUAUGCAGACCUCUGAAUGCAUGUGGUGAGUGGCUUCAUGCUGUGCACGUACUGUAGCCCACAAACCAAAGGCAGAGCCUGUACCUGUCCAGAAGAAAAGGCCUACUUGAAUGUACUAUAUAGUAUUUUAUGGUAUACAGUAUUUAUUUAUUCAACUAUUUAU